AUGAAUCGACCAAAGAGAGGAAAGCAUAUUUCUGCCAUCUUCAUCCACGCCGGGGCUGGUUAUCACCGGCGCGAUUUCGAAAAACCCCACAUGAGAGUAUGUGAGAGCGCAGCCAAGAUUGCCAUGAGUGUUCUUCGUAACGGUGGCUCGGCUGUCGAUGCUGUUGAAGUCGCCAUCAUGUACCUUGAGGAUGCAGAGAUUACCAACGCCGGAUACGGUAGUAACACCACGAUCGAGGGCACUGUGGAGUGCGAUGCCACGGUAGUUGACCACCUCGGACGCAGCGGGGCUGUCGGCGCCGUAGCGCAGGUGAAGAACCCCAUCUCACUGGCCCGUACGAUCCUCGAUGCAUCGAAGGAACAUUUGACCUUACAUAGAGUUCCUCCAAACUUCCUCGUGGGACCGGGAGCCACAGACUACGCGUACGAGCAAGGAUUAGUGGUUCUUCCUCAUGAUGGCCUUGUAUCAAGCCCGGCAAGACACAGGUGGAUGCAGUGGCAGAGAGAACUCAAAGAGGCGGAUGUUCGGAAACGAGCCAAAUCACAAGGCUCAAAUGAGAUUGACAAUACCUAUUAUCGCCGCCCUGUCAGGGGCUAUUCAGCUCACCUUCCCAUGAGCCCUUCCAGCACGCAAUCAGCAUCAACACCUACGAAUACACGAAACAGCGGCAUCCCAACUCAAACGGGCACUCAGUUUCCACCUUCCAAUGAAAUGAAAUCCAAGAGCGAUCAUUCGAGUGGUGGUAUAUCCCCCACGCUAAUACAAUCAUCCGCGAACCCCUUCAAGAGAUCCUUUCUUCAACCCAAUCCACUCAGGGCCACUACCCAAGCUGGCGUUCUCAUGGAUGUCGAUGAGCCUUCGCUUUCAUCCCACGGCCGGGACGGUUCUCUGCCUGACUUGUUCGGUUUUACGGAGGAUCGUGUAAGCGAUACCGUGGGCGCCAUCGCUGUAGAUAGCUAUGGUCACAUUGCAGCCGGUUCUUCUUCUGGGGGGAUCGGAAUGAAACAUAAAGGUAGAAUUGGUCCCGCAGCACUGAACGGGAUCGGUACCAGUGUCAUCCCUGUCGACCCUAAUGACCCCGAAAAGACAUGUGUAGCGAGUGUUACAUCUGGCACAGGGGAGCAUAUUGCUACCACCUUAGCCGCACACACCUGUGCUUCUCGGGUCUACUACACCCAGCGGAAGCGCCCAGAUGGUACCUUUGAGGAGGUGACUGAAGACGAGGCCAUGGGGGCAAUGAUUGCAACGGACUAUAUGGGCCAUCCUGGAGUGAAAGCCAGCCCUUGUGAGGGUUCUGUGGGGAUUAUGACGGUCAAGCAGACAAUAGAUGGAAUAUACUUAUACUUUGCGCACAACACAGAUUCCUUCGUGCUCGCCAAUAUGAGCAGCGAGGACAAGAAGCCGUCUUCUGUUAUGUCUCGCAGCAACGGACACGGGAGUAUUGCGCAGGGCGGGAAGGCCUUCCGAAUGAAACGGUCCUCAUGA